AUGCAAAAUGUUUUCACCACAUGUUUAGGGAUUUCCGUGAGUACCUCCGUCAUUCUGUGCCUUGUGCUCUCGCAGGAUGACAUGCGUGGCACCGAUAAGAGUGAGCACAUUUCAAUUAUGAUAACUGUUGCACACGGCUGCGGUGCCAUAACUCCGAUGCGUGUGGACCUCAACAGUGGGUUUGACACGGACCGCCCUUCCCCGGAGUACAUCUUCUUCCAGAUCCAUGAGAGCAGCAUGUUCUACGAAUUUGUAUCCGAAAGUUCUCUCUACCUUGUGAUGCAAUGCUCCAUGAGCACAUACUCCACACGAUUGUACGUCUUGGGGUUGUGCAGUCUGGCUGAGGUGGGUACGCCCAACAGCUAG